AUGUCCUCUAAUACUCCUCUAUCCCCUUUUCUCCCUCCUCCUCCCCCUCCUCACCGUGUGUCGUCUACAAAUCUCCGGUCCCAUUGCUCUCUUGCUACUCUCGGUCGUCGUCGUUCUACCUCGUGUCUACUGACCGUCCAAGACUUACCAGCCUCCGACUCUUCCCCAAUCCUUGAUCCCAUAUCAACCAGUGUUCCCCCCCCUUCCAUGCUUGUUCUCCUUGCUUCUCGCUUUCUUCAGUGGUUACACCUUCCAACCAAGCACUCGUCAUCCUGGUCUACCCCAUCCUCUCCUCGUUCAAGCUCAGACCACUUUGUUCUUCCAGUCUCAGCCGACGCCCAACAGGAUUCUUUUUCCAUAUCUCUACCUGAAGAAAAGUCUCAAUCCCAUACCUUUGAUGCCUUCCCAACCGUUCACGCUCCAAUAUUAAUCGUCAUCAUUCUUUUUCCACUUUCCACCCUGUUUGUUUUAUUUUGCCUAUCAACUCUUCCAAUAUCCAUGUCGUGGCCGCACACGAUCGCCGAUGUUGCUCAACUAGGCAGGGACCUGCAUGGUUACUCUCGGAGUGGUCCAGGUCCUCUCUCCCACGUCUUGGCAGUCAUGGCCAUUUCUGCAAUUUGGAAACAUGCGUGGUCUAUUCCGGGCAGUGUCUUAUGGAAUGUCCUGGGCGGAGCUCUAUUCUCCCCCGCAUUUGCGACAAUCAUGCUCACUGCGCUCACCACAAUUGGUUCAGCAUGUGCUACACUCCUGUCGACUCCCCUCGCUCCCUUCUUGAUGCACAUGUUUCCUCGAGCACUGGACAUGACCCGUAGUGCUCUGGGUGCCGAGUCGCAUCCCAGUAAUCAAACAAAACCAAAAACUGCGGCCUGGGUCCGUCUCUCCGUUCUGCGUCUCAUUGGUGUCGUACCAUGGUCUGGCAUUAAUAUUGCGUGUGGUGUUUGCGGAGUAUCUCUAAGAGAUUGCAUCUUGGGCACUUUCAUUGGCUGCCUUCCCUGGACAGCAGUUACGUGCCAGAUAGGGGACAUUCUACAAACUGUUGCUUCAACUCCGUCACCCACGCCGCAAACCAUCUCAUCGCUCCUGACAACACCUGAAAUCAUUUUCAAACUUGUCUUCCUCUCCUUUUUGUCGCUUGCCCCCAUUCUCGGUCGGGAUCAUCUCCGAGCCAUGAUAUCCCCUUCCGCAUCAUCUGACGACCCGUCGUCGGCUCGACAACCAAAAUGGAUAUGGGUGCAAGAGUGGAGAACAAAGAUUCGAUUGCCCUCUCGCUCACGUACGCCUGAACGACAACAAAAGGAAGACCAACUUCAGACGCUUGUUCAAGAAAAGAGAAGGUUAGAGGACCUUCCUUCGUGA